AUGCUACAAAAAUCUGAUAAAAUGCUUGAAGAGAAGGUAACAAAAAAUACAAAACUACAAGAGGAGUCAGAAGAGAAAUCAAAAAUGUUAGCAAGAAGUGAGGAAAGAGAGAAAGAACUAAAUAGACAACUUUAUUUAGAAAGAAAACCCUUGCCUGCUUUACCUAAAAAACAAAAUACUUUCCAAAAAUUAGGUUCAAGAAUUAAGAUCAAAUUCCAAAAACUUCAACACUUGAUGGAAAAUAAAAAACAUCAAGCAGUUUGUCAAAUAAGAACACGAAGCAAGGCAACUGGCAAAAUGAUUGAAAGUGAUAAGGCUUGUGAAAGUUGUAAAGAAAAGUUUAAAAAUGAUGAAUUGCCUAAAUGUAGUUGUAGAAGAUUAAAGACUAGAUACACUUGUGAUU